UAAAAAAGAAAAGAAAAGAAAAGAAAUUAGUGGGACCCACCGUCAGUCGUCUUCUAAAAUCAUGCAAAGAGGCCGGAAAACCGUAUUACUCUGUUCUUGAUUUUCCGGUUCCGUUUUGUUUUACUACUUCACUAAACUGACUAACCCUACUUCUUUUUCCCCUUAAACCCUAGUUUUCCUGCUUCUAAUCUCUCUGUUUUCACCAUUAUCAUAUUAUUAAUUGUGGGUUUUUUUCUUUCUUAUUGAACUAAACGGUUAAAUAUCCGGUUUUCUUUUGUUGGGUUGUUCGUUUUUUGUAUUUAUGUUGGUGAAGAAAUAUGGGUGUACUGGAAAAGAUAUCGGAAGCAUUGUAUGACAAUGAGGAGAAGACAGUUGAGUUGAGGCAAAAGAUACUGCAGUUGAUUUUAGAAUGGGGGUGUUUUGACAAGGACUUAAAAUUGCCGAACAACUGUUUGAAGGGAUGUUUCACUGAGAUGGAGGGUAAGGAGAUCAAGGAUACUAGGGAGUCGUUAGAGAGGAAAGAGGAGGAGUUGGAGUUGAAGUGGAAGAGAUUGAGUGCGGCGAGAAGAGGGUUUGCUGAGACUGUGAAGUUAAGGGAGGAGAAGUUGAAUGAUCAGGAGAAGAUGGUCGAGAGAUUAUGGGAGGAGGUUGAGUUUGAGAGGAAACAAAUUGGGGAUGUGGAGGAGAAGUUAAUGGGGAUUCAUGCGAAAGAGAAGGAGUUGAACAAGAUUCAGAUUUGGAUUCGCCAUGAAACACAAGCUCUUGAGUUGAAAGAUCAAGAAUUGGCUGAAAAGAUGGAGGAGUUUCAAAAGUUGCAGAGCAUGAAGAAGGAAUAUGAUGUUAAUGUAAUGGGGUUGGAAUCUGUAAAGAAUGAACUAAGGGUGAUCAAGAAUAACUUGGAUAAUGUGAGAAAAGAACUAAAGGAGAAUGAAAGUAACUUGGAAUCUGUGAAGAAGGAUGUUAUUUUCGAGGAAAGUAAGUUGGAUAAUGCAAAGAAAGAAGUAAGGGUGACUGAAAAUAACUUGGAAUCUUUGAAGAAGGAUGUCACCUUCCAGGAAGGUAAGUUGGAUAGUACGACGAUAGAAUUAAGAGCAAAGGAAAGUAAAUUGGAGGUUUCGAAGAAAGAAAUUAAAGAAAAGGAAAAUAACUUGGAAUUUGUGAACAAGGCACUUGUUGUUAAGGGGAACAGGUUGGAUGGUGUGAAGAAAGUAUUAAGAGUGAAGGAAGGUAACUUAGAUUAUUUGGAGAAGGAACUUAGAGAAAAGGAUAAGAAAAUGGAUUAUGUGAAAAAAGAACUAAAGGAGAAUGAAAAUAACUUGGAAUCUGUGAAGAAGGAUCUCACUGUUAAGGAAAGUAAGUUGGAUAGUGUGAAGAAAGAAAUUGGAGUAGAGGAAAGUAAAUUGGAGAUACUGAAGAAAGAAGUUAGAGGGAAGGAAAAUAACUUGGAAGCGGUGAAUAAGGCACUUGCUGUUAAGGAAAACAGGUUGGAUGGUGUGAAGAAAGUAUUAAAAGUGAAGGAAGGUAACUUAGAUAGUGUGGAGAAGGAGCUUAGAGAAAAUAAAAAAAAAAUGAAUUCUAUGAAGAAUGAACUUGCUGUUGUAGAAAAUAUGUUGGAUGGUAUGAAGAAAGAACUGACGUUGAAGGAAAGUAACUUAGAUGUUGUGCUGAAGGAACUUAGAGAAAAGGGAAAAAAGAUUGACUAUGUGAACAAGGAACUACGGGAGAAGGAAACUGACUUGGAUUCAAUGAAGAAAAAAAUUGCUGUUUUGGGGAACACGUUGGAUAGUAUGAAGAAAGAACUGACGUUGAAGGAAAGUAACUUAGAUGUUGUGACGAAGGAACUUCAAGAAAAGGUAAAAAACUUGAAUAUUGUCGAAACAGAGCUGAGGGAGAAGAUGAACGAAUUGGAGUCGGUGAAAAACGAUUUCAAAGCUGUAGCAGAGAACUUGAAUGCUCUUAGAAAGCAAGUUGAAUCUAAUGAGGAGAUCUUGUCCUCAAUGAAGGAGGAGGUUGAACACAAGGAGAAAUUUCUGGGUGCAAUGAAGAAGAAACUUGAACUCCAGGAGGAACACUUGAAGUCAUUCAGUGAGAGUCUCCAUUUAAGGGAGAGAGAGCUUGAUUGUACUCAAGAAGCAUAUAAGCUGCGUGUUGAAGAGCUUAAUUCAAAGGAGAAGGAGCUGGAUUCAGCAGAGGAAUUUACGAAAAAAAGCUAUGAGGGGUUUCAAUCUGAAAAGAGACAAUUCCUCGUAGAGCAAGGACUUUUUGAGCAACGCAUGAAAGAUGUUAUACUUAGAGAGGAGAGAAUUAAGGAUAGAUUAGAGGAGCUUGAAUCAAGAGACAAACAUUUUGAGGAUCGGUGUAGAGAGCUCAGAGAGAAGGAGAAGCAGUUGAAUGGUAUUCCUAAUGCGCACUUAAAGACAGAAGCUACUGAAGAUGUAACAGUGGACACGGUCUAUACUACUGUAGGUAAUUCUGCUGUUACAAGAUUUACUGCGAUAAUGGAUGGGAAGAGCUUACAGAUAUUCUUAAAUGAGCAUGAGAAGGAGCUGGCUUUGAUGUCUGAUUACAUUUUUGAGGCUCUGCAGAUGUCUCCUGACCCUGCAAAAUUGGUGCUUGAUGCAAUGGAAGGUUUCUGUCCUCCCCAUUUGAGAAAGAGAGAAACAGAGUUCGAGGGUAGUGUUGCCCGAAGGAGCUGCAUUCUUCUGUUAGAGCAGUUAAUUAGGGUUUCACCAGAGAUUCAAGGUUCUGUGAGGGAAAUAGCAAGACGCAUUGCAAAUGAUUGGAAGGUCAAAAUAGAGGCUACCGAAGGAAACCAAGAUGAGAUCUUGGUUUUCUUGUAUCUUUUGGCUGCAUACAGUUUGGUUUCUUUCUUUGAUGCUGAUGAACUUAUGAUCCUGCUGGAGAGUGUUGCUAAGCAUGACAAAUUUGCAGAAUUGUGUCGUGCUCUUGAUAUGAAGCAGAAUUUACCUUGUUUUGUCCAGAAUCUUCUAACCAAGCAGCAACACCUUGAAGCUAUUAGACAUGCUUAUGCUUUUGAACUAGUGGACCAUUUCCCGCCCGCAGCCAUUCUGAAAGAUUACUUGGAAUGUGUUGAACGUAAUUAUGUGAAUGUCUUGGAGAAAGAGACCUCCUCCGCUGAAGAAAAGAUUGAGGCCAUUGAACAAAGGGUUGCUUCUGUUAGAGCUGUUAUCAGAUGUAUUCUGGUUUACAAACUUCAGUCUCAAUAUCCGGUAGAACAACUUGAAGAGCAGAUAGAAUUUCUUACAAGGCAGAAGGAAGAUCAAGCUGCAUUAUCCAUCAUUUGUGAGGCUAAAAGGCCAGAGCAAGCUAAUGUGAAUCAGAUGGGAUCUACUAAUCCAUCUAUUCCCACAGGCACCAAGGCCCUCAACUCUGUAUCAGUCUCUGCUAAAGCCUGCGCUUGCACUUUCGAUCAUUCCAAUACUAUGGCAAUUAUUAUUAUGAACAUGAGUGGAAAUAAUUUGCAGAAUUUUUUGAACAAGCAUUCUAAGGAGCACAAGUUGUUGCGCAGUGAAGUCUUUAGUGCUCUUCAAAUGUCACUGGACUCAGAUAUGCUUGUGUUGGAAGCACUGGAAGGGUUUUAUCCUCCCAACCAUCAGAGAGAAGAGAUUGGAUUUCAUCGUAAUAUUAUCAGGCAGAGUUGCAUCCUUUUAUUAGAACAAUUGAUGGAACUUUCACGGGAGAUUAUACCAGAGGCUAAAUUAAAAGCAAGCAAGCUUGCAUUUGCCUGGAAAGCAAAGAUGAUGACUGAAAUGGAAAACCAUUUGACAAUCUUGGGUUUUCUGCUUCUUGUAGGUUGCUAUAGAUUGUCAUCUGCCUUCGAGAAAGAGGAACUUGAGAGUUUGUAUCACAAGGUAGCACAUCAUGUGAAUACAUCUAAAAUUUGUCACGUCCUUGGUAUUUCAGAUAAUACUUCAAAAAAAUCCAAGAGACAUCAGGCUCAAGGCUGUACAUAUGAAUCUAUUUGCGACAACAUGGAUAUAAAUGGCAAAAGACACGAUGUACUCUGCCAUUGUGCUUCAAGUUCAUAUUGUACAUCAGAUCCUGCUUUGCUUGUAUUGGAUGCUUUCCUGAGCUGUCAUCCCACAAAAAUAGUGAGGUGUGAAAACUUCCCAUCAGUUAUGAGGGCUUUCUCUGAUCUGUUGGACCAGCUGAGAGGAGUUUCUCCAGAAAUUGAUCUUCAUGUUAAAAAGGAAGCUUUUGUGUUUGCAUCUGACUGGUAUUCUUCUUUGAUGGGGUCCCAAGUAAAUCCUACCGAGGUCGUGGCAUUUUUGCAGCUUAUAGCUAUUUAUAAAAUAACAGAUUCUUUCCAUCCAGAUAGACUUUUAGGUCUCCUGGAGAAAGUUCAGCCAACUGAAAGAGUUGUUGCUUUGGUCAAAAUCCUUGGGCUGACAGAUGAGAUCCAAUACUUGGUCCAAAAUCUUAGAGACAAAAAGCAGUGGCUGGUGGCAUUUAAUUAUGUCUAUGCAUUUGAGCUUGUUAACUUGGUUUCACCAGUGUUGCUCCUGAAGGAUUAUGUCAGUUACUCAAAACAGAUCGCCAAGCGAAUUCUUCAUGCUGGAAAUAGUUCUUAUGAAGCCCAAAUUAAGGCUAUAAACUGUGAAAUAUAUGCACUAAGAAAUGCAGUUAGACAUAUUGUGGAUCGUGGUCUUCAAUCGGAAUAUUCACCUUUCUGUCUUGAACGGCAGAUCGAAAGACUUCAAUAUCAGAUAUCAAACUUGAGGCGAUCAGACUCAAAUUGGGACUUAACUGCUAUGUCCCAACAACAUGAACCAAAUAACGGAACUUACGAAUCUGGUACAUUUGCUCAAGUGCGAAAAGAGUUCACAAGGAAACGUUCUGCCCCAGCUGGCGAAACUUAUGCUAUCUACAGGGCUCAACAAACACAGUAUUUUAAGCGCCAUUGUCAUUUAUCCAUGAGGAGAUGAGCUGUAUCAAGUGUUAUAUUGACAGUCUUUCACAGCUAUGUUCUGUACGAGCAUUGUGGAGGAACAUUUGAAGGGCUAAUAAGAGUUCAAUGAUAAACACGUCUUUUAGGGAGAAAGAGGGGAAGGCAUAGUUUUUGGGGGCACAGGUUGUCUGGGGAUAACAUGUUGAGGCUCACUUCUCCAAAUAUUUGUAUGAUUUCUUUGCCAGCAGGAGGUAAACAAUUCAAUGAAUCCGAAGGCUAUCAGAACCUGACUACCAUUGUUUUGAAGGCGAGGUGAUUGUGGUGGUAUAUGUGUAAGAUCCCGGGUGAAGACAUGGAUCAUGUUCUUCUACAUUUAGAGUAGUCUCUUGCUAAUGGUUGAAAAUUCUAUGAUCUUUUGGCGUAUAUACAGGUAUUGUGAAAGGAAUGUCGUUCAACUGGGACUAUGGAAGAUGGAGGUGAAGAUGCAAGGCACAUAGAGGUGUUCCACUAACACUCAUGUAGGUUGUUUUUAGGGAGAAAACAUGAAAGUUUUUGAAGGGAUUCUGCACUGUUAAUCCCAUGAUUGUAUAGACUAUUGGGUGUUGACUUGUAUAAAAUCAUAUCUUUUUUUUAGGUUUUCCAUAUAAUACAAAACCAUAUAUUUUUUUUAAGUUUUCGUAUAUGUCUUGUAUAAUAUAUAGAUGUUUAUCUUACUGCACCAGUUCAUUCAAUAAAAGAAUAUUCUCAGCCUUUAA